AUGGGCAACGCAGACUUGACUGUCUCCCAGCUCGCCGGCUUCAUCAGGGACCCCCAGAUCCAUGUGGCCGUCAUCUGGUUCGCCGGCAAUGGGUUACUCCACGUCUGCUGCUUCAGCGACCUCACGUACUUCCCAGCCGGGCUCAUGACCGACCAGUCACGGAGGAACACAUUGCCCGACGAGCCAGAUGACCGUGACAUGGGCCCGGAGCUCCACGAUGAAGAUGGCGAGCUGGGACGCAGUCAAGACUGCAUUGCCCAUGACGAAGAGGGCGACGUCGUUACAAUGGUCGAUGAAAACCACGCACUUGAUCGAAGAGACGGGCUUUGA